AUCAUUCAGCUCUGUUGGCAACGUCUGCUCAGUCGACACCUUCAGAAACUUCCAAGCGCCUCUCUUACAAUUUUGAAAGGUUUUAUGUCGCUUCAAUUCAGAGCAUACCGCUUCUAUCAACAUUUUCUCUGUUCCCAUUCUGUGUGAGAAAUUCACACACACACCCGCAUAUAAAUACAGAUGUAUAUAGGACACACUAUACAAUAAUAAUACAUAUAUACAUAAACAAACCGCCUAAUCUCUCCACAGAACAUCACCGCUUCUCCAAAUAUCGUCUUUCUUUAUUCGAAUCGUUAUCAUCCUGUUUCAGACACUCUGCGAUUCUCUCGUUAGAAUUCCAUCUCUACAACUUUUUCUGUCUAUUAAUGGCGAUCUUGGACUCGCCGGAGAGUACAGGCACCAGUACAUCGAUCGCUCAAGACGACUCGGAUCUCAACCUCUCUGUUAGGAGGAGGCCGAGCGUGAGCACUGUGAGGGCGGAGUCCGAUUCGACCUCGGAGACGAACUCGUUCGAAGCUGAGAGUUCCACUAAAGAUUUCGAGAACGGUCAGAAUCAGAUCGCGGACGGUGGAGGUCCGGUGGAAUCGGCGAAUGAGUUGUGCAAUGGGAAGGACGGUGGUGACAAGGUCGGAAAUGGCGAGAAUCGAGGAACGGACUUUUUGGCUAAAUUGGCGUAUCGGCCUUCGGUUCCGGCUCAUCGGAGAAUAAAGGAGAGUCCUCUCAGUUCUGACGCAAUAUUCAAACAGAGCCAUGCGGGUCUAUUCAACCUCUGUAUAGUUGUACUUGUUGCUGUAAACAGCAGACUUAUCAUUGAGAAUCUAAUGAAGUAUGGCUGGUUAAUUCAGACUGGUUUUUGGUUUAGUUCGAGAUCGUUGAGGGAUUGGCCCCUUCUAAUGUGCUGUCUUACGCUUCCGGUUUUCCCUUUUGCUGCUUUUGUUGUUGAAAAGUUGGUGCAACAGAAGUGUAUAUCUGAACCAGUUGUUGUCGGUCUUCACAUAUUAAUAACUACUGCAGCAGUGUUGUUUCCAGUUUUAAUGAUUCUCAGGUUUGAUUCUGCCGUUCUAUCUGGCGUCACAUUAAUGCUCUUUGCUUGUAUUGUGUGGUUAAAGUUGGUGUCUUAUGCACAUACAAAUUAUGAUAUGAGAGCACUUGCGAAGUCACUGGAUAAGGGUGAAGUCUUGUCUAUUUCAUCGAACAUUGAUUGCUCUUUCAAUGUUAGCUUCGAGAGUUUGGUAUACUUCAUGGUUGCUCCCACACUAUGUUACCAGCCAAGCUAUCCCCGUACUUCAUGUGUUAGAAAAGGUUGGGUGGCUCGUCAACUCGUCAAGUUGGUAAUAUUUACAGGUGUAAUGGGAUUUAUUGUUGAACAGUACAUUAAUCCAAUUGUAAAGAAUUCACAACAUCCACUGAAAGGGAACCUUUUAUAUGCUAUUGAGAGGGUUUUGAAGCUUUCUGUUCCAAAUUUAUAUGUCUGGCUUUGCAUGUUCUACUGCUUUUUCCAUCUUUGGUUAAAUAUACUAGCUGAACUUCUUUGUUUCGGUGAUCGUGAGUUCUACAAAGAUUGGUGGAAUGCAAAAACAGUAGAGGAGUAUUGGAGAAUGUGGAAUAUGCCUGUUCAUAAAUGGAUGGUCCGCCAUAUUUAUUUUCCGUGUUUACGACACGGCAUACCUAAGGGAAUUGCUGUUUUAAUUGCCUUUCUUGUGUCUGCCAUUUUUCACGAGGUGCAUGUCCAACCAAAAGUGUCGGACGCAUAUCCCAUACCCAUACCCAUGUUCAAGUAUUGUGUGUACGACACAGCUAUGUAUUGCUGUUCCCUGCCACAUAUUCAAGUUUUGGGCUUUUUUUGGAAUUAUGUUUCAGGUACCUUUGGUCAUGGUCACAAAGUACCUGCAAGAUAAGUUCAGGAAUUCAAUGGUGGGCAAUAUGAUAUUUUGGUGCUUUUUCAGCAUUCUUGGUCAACCCAUGUGCCUUCUACUUUACUACCACGACUUGAUGAAUAGAAAAGUGAAUACCCAAUGAACUUUCUUUCGGAACCAUGUAUAGCCCAAUGACCGAUAAAAGUCUGAAAUUCAGGUUUCGCAGAAAGUUUGUGCAUGAUCUCUCAUGCAGAACAGAACAAAUUCGAUUCGUUUGCUGUCUAACAGUGCUGCAAUGGUUGUACUCACAUUCAUCCAAGCCAUGCCUCUUCCCAAGAUGUUUUCAUCAUGGUCCACCAUUGCCUUCCCAUGUCUGAAUCUUUAGGUUUAAUUAAGGUAUGGGCAAUUUUGUUUCAAGUAUGAUGCACUCGCAGUAACCUGUGGCACAAUUGUACUCGAAUUUUACUUUCAUUGCUAAUUAACAGUGAAAGAUUGUAUAUGACUCUUUUAUUCUAUUUGUUAUGAUAUUUAAUUAUUUUGUUUCA